AUGGCUGCGCUGAGCGGGGAAGGGGCCGAAAGGCAGCAGCGGGACCGUAACCCACGCGGGGGAAACCGCAGGAACCCCCUGAGAGCCCGGAUAAAUGCACGCCAUUGUCUUAAACGUGUGACGAGGCGGCAGCGACUAAAACGACACCAGCGUAGGAGGGCCGGGGCGGGGGUGGGGGCUGGCGCGGGGCGCCCGGACGCUGAGGACGAAGGGGCCCCACGUGCCCGCCCGAGCGGGCGCCCGCCCCAGAGGCCUCGUCUCGCCUCCCCUCCCCCCCGGAAGACCGCGGCUUCCCCUCCCGUCCUCCCCACACCCUUGCGCAUGCGCUCUGGUCUCCUCACGCGCACGUUUUAA